AUGAAAAAUCUGCCUCUGCAAAUGGAUUUUUUAUUUUUUUCCCGGAGAACGUGUCCUGUAAGGGUACUGCAUUUCAUUAUGAAAUAAGAGAGUUAAGUCUAACUGUUACGCUUUCUUUCCAGAUAUUUUUCUUGGAAGCGGAUAAAAUGGUGACGUUAAUUCGCACUUUAGCAGAUCAUAGUGAUGAUGUCAGCUGCUGUGCCUUCUCGGCAUCGUGCUUGGCUACUUGUUCCUUGGACAAAACGAUUCGCGUUUAUUCUUUAAAUGACUUCACGGAGUGUCCGUACUCGCCUUUGAGGGGUCACACGUACGCUGUGCACUGCUGCUGCUUCUCUCCGUCAGGACACGCUUUAGCUUCCUGUUCGACAGAUGGUACGACCGUGGUUUGGGACACGCGCGAUGGCCGGGCGCUGGCAGCGCUGGAGCAGCCCCGCAGCAGCCCCGUCAGAGUCUGCCGCUUUUCCCCCGAGUCCACCUACCUCGUGUCGGGGGCAGCGGAUGGGAGCGUAGUUCUUUGGAACGUGCAGUCGUUGAAACUGUACAGAUCUGGGAAUGUUAAAGAUGGUUCCUUGGUGGCCUGUGCAUUUUCUCCUAAUGGAAAUUUCUUUGUCACUGGAUCCUCGUCUGGUGAUUUAACUGUUUGGGACAAUAAAAUGAGAUGCCUGUAUAAUGAAAAAGCACAUGAUCUUGGCGUUACCGGCUGUGAUAUUUCUUCACAGCCAGUUUCUGAUGGUGAAUGUGGAUUCGUAUACUUCCAGAUGGCUUCUUGUGGUCAAGAUAAUCAGAUCAAACUCUGGCAUGUUUUGUUUGCAGAUGUCUUAGGUGUUGAAUUAAAAUACAAAUGCACAUUGAGUGGACACUCUGCCCCAGUUCUGGCUUGUGCAUUUUCUUAUGAUGGGCAGAUGCUAGUUUCGGGGUCUGUGGACAAGUGUGUCGUAAUAUAUGAUACUAGUACUGGCAAUAUCCUUCAUAAGUUAUCUCAGCAUACCAGGUAUGUUACAACUUGUGCUUUUGCACCAUAUGGUCCCUUAAUUGCCACAGGUUCAAUGGAUAAAACUGUGAACAUAUGGCGGCUCGACUAUAAGCAACCGUGUGCAGGAAAUACUGCAGAAAAUGAGUCUAAGGUGGCUGUUGAGGACUGGUCAGAGGAUGAUGUUUCAGUCUGGCUUGGUGCACAAGGCUUAGCAGACUUUGUUGGGCUUUUCAAAAGGAAUAACAUCGAUGGCAAGGAACUACUGAACCUUACUAAAGAGAGUCUGGCUAAUGAAUUAAAAAUUGAGUCUCUGGGCCUGCGCAGUAAAAUCCUCCAGAAAAUCAAAGAGCUGAGGAUGAAAACGAGCUCCGUUCCCAUCCCUGACGAGUUUUUGUGUCCCAUAACACGGGAGCUUAUGAAGGACCCCGUCAUUGCAGCAG